AUGUUGAGGAACCGUGGAGAACUCGCAGAAGGUUGGUACGAUCCAAAGACCCUGAAUAAAGCUCGAGACGCCGGCAUUAGCAGAGGCCCGUCCGAGGCCCGUAGCCCAUCGCGCGCUUCUAGCCAUUCAAGAGCACGGCCCGCCGUCUACGAGGAAUACAGUAGAAGAACUCGUUCAAUUACGCCUGGAGAUGAAGUUUCCCGAGCUGGGACGCACCCCCAUGGCUCACCAGGCCGGCCAGCAUAUGAAGACGAACGAUUAGCAGACGGGGACGAAGACUCUGACACUUAUGGACCCCAAAUCCCCAUCGAGCAAUAUACUCUAUCAGAAAGUCGCGAAUCACGGCGUAUAGACAGGUCCGGUCCCAAGGUCCCGACCACACAAGACCUUCAACUCCGACGAGGUACGAAUGGAAACACCCCCCCCUGCCCCCCUCUCACAUCCCAUCCCCAAUAUAUCUAUCUAACAAAAACAAUCCCCACCGCAGAAGCGCAACUCUCCUCUGCCCAAGAAGCCCGUGAAACCCAACGCCUCUCGCACACCCAGUCCCUAAAAUCCCACAAAUCCGAACUUCGCCAUAUCGCAGACGAAAUCACCCCCCGCGCCGAGCCGGGGACCCGCGAACGUCGUCUCGAAAAACGCCGCGAGGCCGCCUCGUCGAACCGAGCGUUUGCAGAGUCUCGUCGCGCCGCAUCUCCCGGCGAGGCUCCGGAUGCAGAAUUGAUGGGCGGCGAGGGUGAUCUUGACACGCUGAAAUCCGAACGUGAGAAGGAAGUGCGUAAGAAGAAUGAGAGGGAGAUUAGGAAGGAAGAGAUGCUGCGUGCAAGGGCGGCAGAGCGCGAGGAGAGACUCAAAUCCUAUCGCCAAAAGGAGGAGGAAACUAUCUCUUAUCUUCGUGCCCUUGCGAAAGAGAGAUUCGGAUGA